AUGGCAACGAAGAUUGAGACAGUGUUGCGUGUCUCUGUGCGCAACGAAGACACCGUAUUUCCGUCUCGCUGGGAGACCUUUGGUUGUGCGCCUGAAGCUAGGCACGUCGUGCCUCCGUCCGAGUGCACAGAGGCACGCUGUGUACGGGCACCAGCGUGUGUGCCUCUGUGCACGCGGACGGAGGCUCGACGUGCUUCCGUCCGCGUGCACGAAGGCACGCUGCUAAGCUGUCUCCAUGCCACACAUUCCUGUCGCUGUCUAAAUUCAUCACUAUCCGUGUGCACGGAGGCACCAGCGUGCCUCCGUGCUGGUGCCGUGCCAACGUGCACAAAGGCACGCUACCACAGCGUGCCUCCGUCCGCGUGCACAGAGGCACAGUCUGAUGAGGAAGAUGAGGAUGAAUAUGACCAUUUGGAUAAUAAGAUCACGGAUACAUCUGCUGCUGAGGCUAGGAGGGGAAAGGAUAUUCAAGGAAUUCCAUGGGAAAGACUAAGCAUUUCCAGGGAGAAGUAUAGGCAGACUAGACUAGAACAGUAUAAAAAUUAUGAAAAUAUGCCCCAAUCUGGAGAAGGCUCAGAGAAGGAAUGCAAGCCAACUAGGAAAGAUGGAGUUUUUUACGAAUUCUGGCAGAACACAAGAUCUGUGAAAUCAACUAUCUUGCAUUUUCAAGUUGGUGUAACUUGUUACUGCAUGAGGGGUGUUCUUGCUAUUGCAAGUUCUGUGUUGGUCCCAGGAGUUGAUGCUGUGAUAUCCUUCUAUGGUGUGCCUUCACAAGAACUUGCAGAUCCUCUCCAUGCUAAGGCACCAGUGCAAACACAUUUUGGUGAGCUUGACAAUUUUGUUGGAUUUUCUGAUGUAAAGGUAUGGUCUGGAGAUUCCUGUGAUACUUGUAUCCUUUUACUUAAAACUCCACUUUUCUAA